AUGGGGCUUCAGUGGCUCCCUUCCUUACAGGUCUUGUUUACCUUCUUGCUCUUUCUGAUUUUGGUGCUGAAAAUAGGAAGAGAUGCAAAACCAAUUACUCUGCUUCAAAUCUAUCCCCCAAGGCCAUGGAAGCUACCAUUCAUAGGAAACAUACAACAGCUUAUUGGCUCUCUACCUCAUCAUGGACUGAGAGACAUGGCCAAGAGAUGUGGACCUCUUAUGCACCUACGGCUUGGAGAAGUUUCCACCGUUGUAGUUUCAUUACCAGAGUUUGCUAAAGAGGUGCUGAAAACCCAUGAUGUUAUCUUUGCUUGA